UAGUAUAACUAUUUAUAUGUUUAAAUUUUAUUUUUUAAAAUAGUAGAAUCAUGUUUAAUUUUGUGUUCUAGCACAUAUAUAAUACGUAUUCUAGCCAUCUACGUAGUUUACAAAUCGAAUAGUAAGUGUAACAUAGAGAUUUAACCGGGGUAGAGAUUACAAACAAAAUUUUCUUCAAUAUUAUACUAGAGCUAGAUUACGUCAGCUAGUAUUCUAACAAGAUGUUUUUAGUCUACUUGUAGUUUUAUUACAACUUAUAACACUGACUCCGUGAAAUACCUUUUUGUUUUAGGUGUCAUAACAUUUUCUGCUUUUAACGUUAUCAUAUGCGUAAAGAAGAAUAAACCUUCCAUCAUCUCUUCAGUGCUCUACUAUACGUAGAAUACAUACUAUAGGCAAAUCACGAAAAAUAUGAAAACUUUCAUAUUUCGAUAAAUAUCUUUUUUAAAUCUAAACUAAAUCUACUCUCUCUCUCUUCAUCGACAUAACCUCUCUUCUAUUUAUCAAUACAACAUGGUUCUAAUAUAUGUUAAAUCUAGUGUAUGGAUGUCAAGUUGCAGUGACCAGCGGAGUUUCUUGGUAGAGAAAGAAGGAUCAUGGUGUCUGAUGAGUUUUGUAGUGGCUUAACGUCAUAUAAGCCAAACCAGAAUCAAAGGAGGCUCUCAUCAUAAUUUAUAUAAUGGAAUUCGAAUAUUGUUUGAUACGAGAUCAUUUGGGCCCCUUAAAAAAACAAGAUCAUUUGAGAGGCUCACGCAAAAAUAAGACCGUUACGAAAGUAAAAAAGGAAAGGGUAAAAGCGUCCAUACAUCAAAAAUGUUCAAAGGAGAGGCUCUCUUCUUUCUAAAUCAGACCGUUACGAACGAAACACUCAAAAAAAAAAAAGCAAAUCCUCGUGAGGAAGAAGACAAGACAAGACACCGUGUUCGAGAUUUGUGAUCCCCACAUCGGUAAAAUGGAGGAUACGAUUUCAAACCCAAGCAUGAUGGAACCUCUGUUAUUCCCCGUCGAUGAUCCAAUGUCUCUCCUACUUUCUCAGACCACCGAUAACAACAACAGUCUCUUCGGGUUCGUGAGAGGUCCCAGAUACGGUGAAUACGCGACGUUGCGAGAAUCAAAGCUUCGUUUGAAGCGAGAGUACGAGACGAUACUAAAGGAAGAGGAAGAGAGGUUCUUCGGCGGCGAGAAGAACAAGAAUCAAAGGAGAUUCGGUUUUACAAGAGAAGACUACGAAAUUAGGGUUUCUCCUGAGAAGAAGACGAGAUUCGGGUUCAUCAAAUACAACCCUAACCCGCGGAGAAUGUCUUCGUCUUCUUCCUCUUCGUUGGCUCAGUCUGUUCCUGACUUCUCCGCCAUGAUUCGCAAGGAAAAUCGCCGGCCGGCUAACUCGAAUUUGCUCCCGCGGAGAACGGAUCUCACUCCGCCGCCGUCGAAGAGCAGAAACGCCUCCGCCGUUUUCGGAUCGGCUUCUUCCGCUAGAGGAAGCAUGAGUGCUGGAGAGAAGACCAGAGGGAGGAUGGGGAUGAUGCGUAAGAGUUACGCCACUGUCGAAGGUUUGAAGAAAGUAUCAAUGGCUGCAGCUUCUGCCAUUAAUGGCGGCGGUGGAGGAGGGAGGAAAUCAAUCGGCGGUGGUGGUCGGACUAUUCUAGGUUACAGACAAAUCUACUGAUCACUCUUUGUCACACAACUUGAUUGUGUUUCUUUUUACGAUUUGAUUCUUUUUUUAGGUUGUUGGUUGAUAAAGUUUUUUUUUUCUUGAUUUUAGUUUGACGAUUGGUAUGUGUGUGUGAUAGAACUUAGAAAGCUAGUAAACAAGAUCCAUCGAUCAUAUGAUUCAUAUUGUUGAAUUACACAAAUGCUUAUUUUGACAAAA